GAUCUGAUUAUAAAACGAUCACAGUCAAGGAAUUCACAAUGGAUUGGAAACAAAAAGAAGAGAAGAAACCACAACAGAUUAACAAUGAAAUUGUUGAUGACAUGAAUUACCAGUGUAAUUUCUUUGGUCUUCGUUUACCAUUCCUACAAAUGUUUGGGAACGCCGCUGGAUUUACGGCAAUAUAUAGCGUCAGCGCCUUGUUCACACAGACAUUGUCUUCAUACAUAAGCUCACAGAUCCCAACCCUUGAAAAACAAUUUGGACUAAGUAGCUACGAAAGUGGGAUAAUUAUGACAUUUAAUGACAUUGGUUUUCUUGCUUGUAUUCUACUUGUGUCAGCUAUACCACGAUUAGUGCAUAUUCCAAGAUGGCUCUUCGGAACAAUGUUUUUGUUUUCAGUUUCGGCACUUCUUUGCAGUUUGCCGCAUUUCUUAUUUCCAACUGAAGCCCCAAAUUUGGAUUCAGCUAUGUCGUCAAACAAUUUGACAGGAAGUUUAACUGGAUCCAAAUCGAACUUUAUACUUUGUUCAGAGAAACUUGAACUAAACAAUAGCUUACCAGGCAUGGAGAGAAAGAGCGGAAGUAGAAUGUUAAACUCUGUGGAUUCGUCAAUGAAGAACAUUUCUAUAGCAUUGAUUGGUUUAGGAAUGAUUUUGCAAGGUAUUGCCAAGGCACCGCGUGGGCCAUUCACAACAGUUUAUCUUGAUGAUGGAUGCGAUAAAAGAAAAACCGGAUUCUAUUUUGGAAUAAUUAUUGGUUGUUCUAUCUUUGGCCCAGCAUUGUCUUUUGGCAUAGGAGGUGUUUUUAGCAGGAUCUACGUUACUUUGGAAGAUGUAGAUAUGUCUCCUAAAGAUCCACGUUGGAUAGGUGCAUGGUGGUUAGGUUUUGUUGUGUUUGGAAUUAUGACUUUAGUGUCAGCAUUGCCUGUGUUGUGUUUACCAAGAUAUCUUGCAGACAAGAAAAGCAAAAACUACGAAGACAAAAUUAAACACACUGAAAAAUCAGAAGAUUCAAGUAUGACAAAAAGAGAAAAAUUCAAAGAAAGAGCUACGUCGUAUAUACGUGUUAUAAAAAGUCCAGUUUUCAUGUGCACAUUGUUAGCUUCUCUUUUUAACUUCUCUGCCAUUAUUGGAAAGAUAGUGUUUCUGUCUAAGUAUAUAGCAGCACAGUUUGGUGUUCCGUUGUGGCAGGCUAAUAUAACUGUAUCGGCUGCAAAUCUUAUAACAGUGUCCAUUGGAACAAUUCUGGGUGGUAUUAUAACAAGGAAAGUGGAAAUGACUCCACGUCGAUGUUUUCAAAUCAAUACAGUUCUAUUUCUAGUACCAUUUCUUUUCUUUAUAAGUGAAUUAUUUCUCGGAUGCAAGCAGCCAGAAAUCUUUGGAUUUAAUAGUCACGUGGCCAAAGCUGAAAAUAUAUCCAGCGUUUGUAACUGUAAUCCUCAAGAAUAUUUUCCGGUUUGUGGUUCAAACGAUGUCACCUAUUACUCCCCAUGUUAUGCUGGGUGUUCAGAUACAGUUCGCAAUGGACGGUUAUUCGUGAAUUGUACACAGAUCACAAGCGGCCAGGCAACUGCUGGAUUAUGUCCCUUUGAUUGUAACACAUUUUAUCCAUUCAUUAUUGUUAACGUCAUUGGAUCUUUUAUUGGGGCAUUGAGUAUUAUGCCUAUGGUGAUAGCAAAGAUGAGGAGUGUAGAAGAUCGUGAUAAAGCUACAGGAAUGGGUUUACAAUCAACAGUGGUGUCUCUUCUGGCUGCGAUACCAAUUCCAAUCAUUUUUGGUAAAAUUAUUGAUACAACUUGUCUGAUAUGGAGUUCCGGAAGCAACAAGAAAGGCGCUUGCGCGUUAUACAACAUUGAGGAUUUGAGGUUCCGGAUGGUUGGGACUGCAAUCUUAUACAAAUUUGUGGCACUUGGUUUUACAUUAUUAGCUUUAAAGUUAGUAUGGAACAUAAAUGAUUGGGGAGAUUUAUGGAAAGGAAAAUCGAGAAGGAAAAAUGAAGAUGAGGUCAAGCUUGUUGUUUCAACUAAUGGCCAAGAUGCAAAAAAAAGACGACAAAACGAGGGAAAAUAA